AGAAAACCUUAAAAAAAGAGGAGAGGAGAAGAGGGGAAGAGUUUCUCUUUGUCAAACAGUCCUCUCUCCUUCUCUCUCUCUCUAAGCUCAUCUCAUCACUUUCUCUCUCUUCUUCGUCUUGUUCUUUGCUAAUAAUCCUUCCUCCUCCUCCGCCGGUGGUGGCACAGCCCAGCGCCACCACAACACCACCACCACCUCGCGUGGUCCCCACCACCACCACCACCACACCAACCCCUCCUCUAACAUCUUCUUUCUUCACACACUAAAACAUCUCUGCAUCAUCUCCUCCUCCUCCUUCCCUGUUACGCGUCCACAUUUCACUCUCUCUCUCUUUCUCUCUGUCUGCCCCCAAAUCUAAUCUCCAUCCUCUCUCUCUCUCUCUCUCUCUCUCUCUCUCUCUCUAUCAGCGUGUCUCCAUUUUGCUCAUUGAUCAGAGAUCGAGAGAGCCAAGCUCAGCUCAUCCACACUUCAAAUAGAGCAGAAAAAGCUCGGCCCUUUCUCUCUCUCUGCCUUUGUCUCUGUCUCUCUCUUUCACAGUCUGUCUCUGCUUGCCCUGCUUUCCCUUUGGACAGAUCGAUGGUCUGAUUCGGUUGCUUCUGCGAGGAGGGGAGGCUUCCUAAGACGGUGUCGUCUUGGCUGCAAGAGAGAGAGAAAUAUUAGCUAGAGAGAGCGAAUAUGAACACUGGAGGUCGCCUCAUUGCUGGCUCUCACAACCGGAACGAGUUCGUCCUGAUCAAUGCCGAGGAGGGUUCCCGGAUCAAGUCCGUGACAGAAUUGAGCGGACAGAUAUGUCAAAUAUGUGGAGACGAGGUGGAGCUGACUCCCGAGGGAGAGCCGUUUGUUGCCUGCAAUGAGUGUGCUUUCCCUGUCUGUCGGCCUUGCUAUGAAUACGAGCGGAGGGAGGGAAAUCAAGCCUGCCCUCAAUGUAAAACUAGAUAUAAGCGCAUCAAAGGUAGUCCUAGGGUUGAAGGUGAUGAAGAGGAGGAUGACAUUGACGAUUUGGACCACGAGUUCGAUUAUGGGCACCUUGUUCCUUUCGGGGGCCAGCAUGGUGGGGACUCUGGCCGUGGCUUACAUUCGAGUGGGUCUGGGGACCCGACACAGAAGGAGUUCGACUCUUCUCCUCUGGAUCCUCAAAUCCCACUAUUGACUUAUCGCGAUGAGGAUGCUGAUAUCUCUCCUGAUCGGCACGCCCUCAUUGUUCCUCCAUCGAGUCAUGGAAGCAGGGUUCACCCAAUGCCUUAUACUGAUCCUUCUGUACCUAUGCAACCUAGACCGAUGGCUCCUCAGAAAGACAUUGCAGUAUAUGGAUACGGGAGCGUGGCGUGGAAAGCAAGAAUGGAUGAAUGGAAGAAGAAGAAUGGUGACAAACUUCAGGUGGUGAAGCAUCAAGGAGGAUCAGAUGGUGGGAAAUUCGAUGGUGGAGAUGAGUUGGAUGACUCCGAUCUACCAAUGAUGGACGAGGGAAGGCAGCCACUUUCGAGGAAGCUCCCAAUUCCCUCAAGCAAGAUAAACCCUUACAGAAUGAUCAUUGUGCUCCGGCUUGCAAUUCUCGGCUUGUUCUUCCACUAUCGGAUUCUCCAUCCUGUUAACGAUGCAUAUGGGUUGUGGCUGACUUCGGUUAUCUGCGAGAUUUGGUUUGCUGUCUCAUGGAUAUUGGAUCAGUUCCCCAAAUGGUACCCCAUCAAAAGAGAAACGUACCUCGAUCGUCUCUCUCUCAGAUAUGAGAGGCAAGGCAAACCAUCCGAAUUAGCAGCUGUAGACGUUUUCGUUAGUACAGUCGAUCCAAUGAAGGAGCCUCCGCUUAUCACCGCAAACACUGUUCUCUCCAUCCUCGCGGUCGACUACCCAGUUGAUAGGGUGUCGUGCUACGUCUCAGAUGAUGGUGCUGCCAUGCUCACUUUUGAAGCCCUCUCUGAGACAUCUGAGUUUGCAAAGAGAUGGGUCCCAUUCUGCAAGAAGUACAGCAUUGAGCCCCGAGCUCCUGAAUGGUAUUUCUCUCAGAAGAUGGACUAUCUGAAGAACAAAGUGAAUCCUGAAUUCGUCCGGGAAAGGCGAGCAAUGAAGAGAGAAUAUGAGGAAUUUAAGGUGAGAAUAAAUGCAUUGGUUGCAAAGGCACAAAAGGUUCCUGAGGAAGGUUGGACUAUGCAGGAUGGAACUCCAUGGCCCGGAAAUAAUGUUCGGGAUCAUCCUGGCAUGAUUCAGGUCUUCCUUGGCCACCAUGAAGAUCUUGAAGAUCCCAUUGAAAAUGAAGAGAAAGAGCAGACAAAACUACCUCGUCUUGUUUAUGUUUCUCGUGAGAAAAGACCGGGAUUCGAUCACCACAAGAAGGCUGGAGCCAUGAAUGCUCUGAUUCGGGUUUCUGCGGUCAUCUCAAAUGCUCCUUACCUACUGAAUGUGGAUUGUGAUCACUACAUCAACAACAGCAAGGCCCUCAGAGAAGCCAUGUGCUUCAUGAUGGACCCCACUUCGGGGAAGAAAGUCUGCUAUGUUCAGUUCCCUCAGAGGUUCGAUGGUAUUGAUCGACAUGAUCGUUACUCAAACCGAAACGUCGUGUUCUUCGAUAUCAACAUGAAAGGAUUAGAUGGGAUUCAAGGGCCCAUUUAUGUCGGGACGGGUUGUGUCUUCAGAAGGCAGGCCCUUUAUGGUUAUGAUGCUCCGAAGAAGAAGAAGCCUCCGAGCAGGACUUGCAACUGUUGGCCCAAGUGGUGCUGCUGCUUGUGCUUCAGGUCAAGAAAGAAUAAAAGAAACAAAAGCAAGGAGAAGAGCAAGAAAACAAAAAACAGGGAAGCUUCGAAGCAGAUUCAUGCUCUUGAGAAUAUUGAAGAGGGCGUCGAGGAUUUGAACAAGGAGAAGUCAGGUGAGAUUUCUCAAGUGAAAUUGGAGAAAAAGUUCGGGACAUCUCCAGUGUUUAUUGCUUCCGCACUUUUGGAAAAUGGUGGAGUCCCAGUUAAUGCAAGUCCUGCGUCACUUUUAAGUGAAGCUAUUCAAGUCAUCAGUUGUGGUUAUGAAGAUAAGACUGAAUGGGGAAAAGAAGUUGGAUGGAUAUACGGGUCUGUUACAGAGGAUAUUCUCACAGGAUUCAAAAUGCACUGUCAUGGGUGGAGAUCAGUGUACUGCAUCCCUAAGCGACCUGCUUUCAAGGGUUCAGCGCCCAUCAAUCUGUCUGAUCGUCUGCAUCAGGUUCUUCGUUGGGCGCUUGGGUCCGUGGAAAUCUUCUUGAGUAGGCAUUGCCCAAUCUGGUACGGGUAUGGAGGCGGAUUGAAGUGGUUGGAGAGAUUUUCUUACAUAAACUCGGUCGUGUAUCCUUGGACCUCCAUCCCCUUGCUCGUCUACUGUACCUUGCCUGCAAUCUGCCUUCUGACUGGGCAAUUCAUUGUUCCGGAGAUAAGCAACUAUGCAAGUCUCGUGUUCAUGGCCCUUUUCAUAUCGAUUGCUGCCACGGGUAUCCUCGAGAUGCAGUGGGGUGGAGUUGGGAUUGACGACUGGUGGAGAAAUGAACAGUUCUGGGUCAUCGGUGGUGUCUCCUCGCACCUCUUUGCCCUCUUCCAAGGUCUCCUCAAGGUCCUCGCUGGUGUAAACACAAACUUCACUGUCACCUCUAAGGGAGCCGAUGACGGCGCAUUCUCCGAGCUCUACCUCUUCAAGUGGACCUCCCUCUUGAUCCCACCCACAACUCUGCUGAUAAUCAACAUCGUCGGGGUUGUGGUUGGAGUCUCCGACGCGAUCAACAACGGGUAUGACUCAUGGGGCCCGCUUUUUGGAAGGCUGUUCUUCGCCUUCUGGGUGAUCGUCCACCUGUAUCCCUUCCUCAAGGGUCUGCUGGGGAAGCAAGACCGGAUGCCCACAAUCAUCCUCGUGUGGUCGAUCCUGCUUGCCUCGAUUCUCACCCUCAUGUGGGUGCGGAUCAACCCGUUUGUGAACAGGGAUGGGCCCGUGCUCGAGGUCUGUGGGUUAAACUGCGACUGAGAGAAAAGAAGAUACGAUCAAGAUCCCACAUAACACAAGGUAAUGUUUGUGGAAUUUGUAGAAGAAGAAAUUAUAUGAUUUUUUGUUGUUUUGGUGGAUUUGCUUCCGAAAAAAAUAAAAUGAGGGAAAAAGUUUUGAGGGAAGCAGAAAUAUUGUAAUAUUGGGGGAUGUGUUUGUAGAUACAAGAAAAGUUGGGGGCUUGUUGUUGGUGGAGGGCUGACACAUUGUCGCUUGUUCUUUUCCUUUUCUUUUCUUUUUUUUUUUCAAUUUUUUUAAAUUUUUAUAGGGGUCUUUUCAUAAAUUCUUUUAUUAAAUUUCCAAGUGGGGGUUCUUUAGGGUUCAAUUUGAGUCUCAUUAUUGUGUAGUUUCUAAGAAGGGGAUGUCAGAUGUGGAUUUAUAAAUGUACUCAUGUUCGUUCCCAUGUCGAAGAAUGGGACUUCAUCGUACUUGUGGGAGUCUCGUAAAGAGAUUCGUGUUAUCAUUGUCUAAUGUGUUCCGACCCCGGUUAUGUACGUGAAAUUUGAAGUCAAAAUAUUCAGAUGAAUUCAUCAAUCCCCUGUAUUAUUGUCGUCGGAGAUUAUUAUUGAUAUGAAUCGAUUUUGUCUUGUUGCCCA